UCUGUUUGUCACCCAGUAAAAAGACGUAGCUGGGCUGCUUAGCACUGUUGCUAUUGUAGUUAUAUGUUGUCAUUUAAAGGAGCGGAACUCCCCGACGUGGUGCAUCACAGUUCCCUGUCGGCUCUGCUGACUUCUCAACCUUAUUAAACAUAUCUGUGGCAGACAGCUGGUCACAGACAGCAACACAGUGAUUGAUCCAACACGGCUAGCAUAAGCAGAGCUAGCCAGCUGGUUGCUGAGCAGGGAUGGAGUGGCUGGGCAACGGAGCUUCAGUUUACCCCGAUGAAGACUUGAGCAGGGACCCAGCUUCAACAGACAGGGACUUCGGUGGUGGUUAUCCUCACCAGCAGUCUCCAUCAUCACAUCUUUGUGAUUGUGCCAUGGCGUCACUGUGCCAGAGCCAGCAGCGCUGUGUGAAGGCUUCUAUCGUCUCCAGCUGGAGACUGGCCGAGGCCCAGGAUCAGCUGUGUUCUCUUGGCGUCCACAGCUCGGAGUCCCUGGAGCAGGAACGCGCUCGGACUCUGGCCUGCCCCACAGAACUCACACACACCGAGGAGGAGUGGCGGCGCAAGGAGAGCAUGCUGGGAGGUCAGGAGCCCAGCCGCAGUCCUGUGCUCGGAGCUGUCGGAAGUUGGGACGUAUUCGAUAGGAGUAUCAUCAAUGUCCAAAGUCAACCUGUAGAAAUGGACCAGGACAAGUGCAACACAUUUCCCCAGAAGCAUGAACAAGAGCUCAGGCAUUUUGGUAUGUUGCGGAGAUGGGACGACAGUCAGCGAUUCCUUGCACACAUGCCUCAGCUCAUCUGUGAGGAAACAGCCAACUACUUAAUUCUUUGGUGCAUUACCCUACAGCGAGAAGGGAAAGAAGCGCUGAUGGAGCAGGUGGCGCACCAAGCUGUAGUCAUGCAGUUCAUUCUGGAGAUGGCCUCAAACUCUCAGCAGGAUCCUCGAGGCUGCUUCAGACAGUUCUUCCACAAAGCCAAAGACGGACAAGACGUCUACUUGGAAGUCUUCCAUACAGAGCUUGAGGCCUUCAAACACAGAGUGAAAGAGUACACAGUCAAGUGUAGAGGUGACACAGUCAACAAUGGUGAACAACAGAAUGCUGGCACAAACUGCAGAUUUGACCCCAAAGAAGCCCUGGACUGUUUACCUCCUGUGUCAGAGUAUCCUAUGAAGCGCUAUAUAGAGGCCGGACUUUGGACAAGCACUGGGAGGUGGACAAAGGAUGACGUCACAGAAACAGACGAUAUGAGGAUGAUGGAAACUUCCUAGGGAUUGUUGGAUCGGCCCCCUGCUUUUCGUCCAUCUCCAUCGUCGCCCCAUUUAGGAACAACCUGAGUUUUAACCCCUCUUCACAUAGCAGACCAGGCUGAAAGAACACCAGCGCAGAGCAGGAGACAUGAGCAGUCUUUUAAGCUGACAUUUUCAUCUGAGAACCUGCAGGAAAUAAUGGUUCGAGGACAACAAACUUUUCUCACUGUUGUCGGUAUUGUGUCACUGUGGUUGGCGUCUGGCGAGUUGGUUCCUGCAGUUUCUCUUGCCAGAGCUACAUUCAUGUGUUGUGCCACAACCCUGGUUCUACAGAUGGGAGUUAUUUAUAUCAUGCAAGCUGGUGCUUCUGAAAAAGGGAAACACCUGUAAAGCAACACAAACUGACAAAUUGAAAAUAAAAAUCCAGACAACACAAAGAAUACUAAACCAAUAAAGUCAGUUAGGUACCAAAUCCAAUGAGUGAAGUUGGAAUCAUGAGGAGAAAAGCAAGCAAUCAUAUGAUUAGUUACUUCUGAGCAUGUUUGUUUAUCUGAAAGUGCAGCUGGGGUUUUAUGUGUGGAAUAAGAAAUCUUUUUAUCUGAGUUUCAGAUCUGUUGUCAAUCUCUUGUCAGUUGUCAUACCUUUUUUAAAAAAAAUUAUUUAUUUUAUUAUAUAUUUGGUAAAGACACGUGGCCUCACAUAUAUUAUCAUUUUUUUCCCCCGUGGUUCACAAAAAGCUAACCUGCUAGCUGUAUGCCAGUGAACAAAGAGCAGUUUGUCUGUGUUUAAUGAAUCUGUAGUAAAUAUAGAGAGCGUGUGUGCUGCAAUUGUGGUUACUUUUGUUUGGUUUGUGUCUUCUCCAGCAGUUAACUUGUCAGGCAAAUAACAAUGUAGGAGUAAAAAGGGUGGGAUUAAAAGGGCUCCGGUCAGAUUCACCGUGCAGGUGUUGAGACCGUGCAAGAGUUGCAGCUAAUCCCACAGAUCUGUCAUCAGGAGAGGCUAAACAAUGCAGUAUAUUGUUAGGUUAGCUGACUCACAGUUGUCUGAAAUAAUCAGACAAAACUGAUGUUUUAAGAUGGUAGUGUUAAUGUUUUACAUUUACUUGGCGUUUGUUAUGCAUUACUGUGGGAUCACCUGAUUGUUGUCGAAGUAUAACUAGAGUUCUAAAGUUAAUACAAAUGAUUAGGGUGAUUUGAGGGUGCUGCUAUUACAGAUGCAGAAUAGGAUCUAACAUAUUUUUGCUUUGAACACUUUGGGAGAUGAUGUUCAUGCAUAUCUAGUAUAAGAGUGCUUUUAAUGUUUUUGGUUUUCUAAAAAAGUAUUCCUAGUGUUGUCUGGAGAAGGUUAAGUGUGCAAGUAAUCAGACUGCCUCCUUUACAUCUCCCAUUAUCAUGCUUUGACACAUUUGAUUUAGUGUGCAGACCGUAAUGCCCACAUACCGGUAAUACAAAAGUCGUAAUACAAAAACACUGGGAAAUCAGUUGAAUUUCCACACAGUCCCCACACAACGAGAUAACAGUAGAAGAUGACAGUAAUUAUGGUGUGCACUUGGCUGUGUUAAUUUAAGUGGCUUGACAUAAGGCAAAGAUGAAUAAUGAGCUGAAGACAGUAGCGCAUGUUUUUAUGUAUGUGAGACAAUAUUAUAACUCUGCAUUUAUAACACGAUGCAAACAUGCAUUUUAGAGGGGCAACGUAUCCAGGUGUUUGAGUGCAAGAGGCAUGAUGAUGUAAGGUGCAAAGAGGGCACUUUGUCAGUUUCGUUAUUAUUCAUCAGCUGAAGUGUGCUCAUUUGGAAUGUAUUUUACAACGAAUUCACAUAAUCAAUAAUCAAAGCCUCAUAUUUUAACUGGCACAAAGGUGAUGGAGUAAUAUUCACUUUCAGUAUAUAAAGGUUAACUAGGCCUGCGUGGGCUUUGUGUAUUUAUUUGUUCUGGUUCAGUGAUGGGCCAGAGCAAAACUAGCUUACAUUUUCUUUGCCAGCUUGCCAUCUGUACCCAGCAUCAGAAGCCGAGUCACAACCACCAGUUUCCUUAUACAAGUGCCCUGUGCAGACUGUUGUCAGUGGUGUGCUGUAUAAAGUUCGCGAUUCUGGGAUCUACACCAGAGUUGGAGCUAAAAGGCGGGGGGGGGGGGCUGAGCUCUUAACAGAGUUUUACUCUAUAUUUGUUUGCAGAAAGGAAUUCUGCAUCUGAAUGUGUCCUGCACUUUAUAUUUCUCUUUCUAAAAAAAAAAAACAAAAAACAAAAGAGGUUGAGGUGGAGUGUUUGAAGCACUUGACUUUAUUAUUCUUCCCCAUGCCGUGUUUGUGUUAUCCAGAAUUUAAUCAGAAAUUCUUAAUAUUUUUAUUUUACAAGCAGGAUUUAAAUGAGCUUGUGUUUUUGAUUUGUUAGAUAUUUUGUUUUGUUUUUCCUUUUUAUAUUAUGUUUGCUCACCUUUUUUUGGUCACACUAUUCAAGGGAUCUUUUGUCAGAUUUCUUAGACUUCCUAUGUCCCCUUGAUGAUAAUAUUCUUUAUUUAACAAGACCGCCAAAAUCAGUGUGAAAAUCUGUUCAGUGACAUGAUGAGGAAAGCUUUUACUGCAGGCAGUGGAAUUAAAGGUACCUUACGAUGCAUUCAAGUACAAUACAUGUGUUUAUGACUAAAGCUACUGUGUGAUGCAUUGUUGAUUCUGCAGUGCACCUGUCCUUCAUUAUUUCAGUUCAGAUAUUAGAAGUAUCAUAAAUACUGUAAACAUAAAACAGAUGUAAGCAGUGAAGCUAAAGCAGUGUGCUAUAGUGGUCUUAAAUGUAUGUUUUCUUUUUUUUUGUCCACGGUGACUAAUCAACUAUGCAAACUGAUUGUAUGGCUUAAGCUGUUGUACCAAAUCUGUGUCCAUAGUGUCUCAACUACCUAAAUUAGCUACAUGUUAUCACAAAAUGUGUAAGUGUAAACAUGGAGACACUUGGUAUUUAAGAAUUUCUGUCACUGACCUAUGAGCUUUAGGAAAACUCAAGAGUUACACUUCUCAUUCACAGUAGGCUACUGUAAGAUUUGACCUUCUCUUGCCGCUGCUAUUCAAAUAUAAAGCCAGUGCUAAAUGUUUGUGUUUUGUUGUCAACUGCUACAGUUCUUAGACCUACAGUGACAUUUAAAAUCGAGGAGUCUGAAAUGGCAUAAAAGUUAACUCCACCUAUAUAACAUAUUGUCUGCGUACAGGUCUUGAAUAGUACUGUGCAUUUGACAAAAGUUGAAUAAAGCCUUUUGUGGCACCAGAGAGAG